UCUCUCACCCACCCUCUCUCUCACCCCUCCUCUCUCACCCCCCCCCCUCUCUCACCCCUCAUCCCACCACCCCCACCCACCACACCCUCACCCACCACCCAC